AUGAAGUGCUUGUAUCUUGUGUCUGUUGUGUUUCACGUGGCUGCAGGCUGCGCUCUCUCUGCUAAUAAUGAUCAAGUGCACACAAUAAGACACAGAGGUGAUUCAGUGCUGUUACCCUGCUCCUGCUCUGACCUGAACACCAAACCUCAGAAACUCACCUGGGGGACCUUCAGAACAGGACCUUACACAGAAGUGUUAAAUGAUGAGCACUACCGUGGCAGACUUCAGCUGUUUAAUAACAUUUCUCCUGCUAAUCUGUCUCUGUUCAUAUCUGACCUGAGAGUAGAGGAUCAGGGAUACUACAGGUGCAGCACUGAGAAGGAAUACAGAGACAUCAGGCUUAAUGUUAAAGGCUGUGAGCUGGUGAAGAAGACAGAGGUAGAGCGUGUGACUGUGUUCACAGGAGAGUCUGUAGUUCUGCCCUGCGUCUGCACUGACAUACAGGACAAACCACAGGAUCUAAAAUGGGAGUUUUACAGAAACAAUCACUAUCAGAAUAUUUACCCUAAACAGACUGGACAUCACAGAAACAGAGUCAAACUGGUCAGUAACAACUCUCCAGGAAACGUCUCUCUACUCAUAUCAGACCUGACUAAAGAGGACGAGGGAGUCUACAGAUGUUCUGUACAGGCUGAUAGCAGAGAUAUCAGACUAUCUGUUAAAGUAAAAAGAGAAACAUCAACACGAAGGAAAACAAAGACAAAACCUCCAUCAAAACAGCGUCAGAGUAAAACAACACACUCUCCACCUGCAUCAACCUCAGCACUGGACCAAGGAAGAAGAGAAACAUCGACACACUUGAGGAAAACAGACACAGCAUUUACAUCAGAGCAGCCUCAUAGUAAAACAACACACUCUCCACCUGCAUCAUCCUCAACAACACUGAAACAAGAUAAAGGUCAAAUGCACAACAGCCUCCCUCUAGGCAUUUUGGCAGUGUUAUUGUUGGUGAUAGUGGCAUUUAUAUGUUGGAGAUGCAGAGGAGGAAGAUGUGGCGAUAACACGAUUACUGAAAGAUGUCAGGGCUGUAAGAAAAAGCAGAAGACUGAUGCUAUUUAUGCUAAUGUAUCCCACAAUAACAAAGCCGGAGCAGCACAGGUCCAGAUCAACACUGGAGAGGAAACUGAAUAUGCCUGCAUUAAAAAAACAACAGCAAAAAAAAGUAAAUAAACAGAGUACAGCGGUACCUCAGCAUUCAAAUGUAAUCCCUUAAGGAGGCGAGUUCUUAAGGCAUUUCCCAAAGGAAAUACUGUAAAUACAGAUAAUCCAUUUCAGCCACCCAAUAAAAAUCACCAAUAUUACCAAUUUUAUAUAAUACAUUUAAAAACAAUCAAAACAAUAGAAAAGACAGUAAAUUAAGACAGUACAUUUAAAUAGGAAAUAAAUAGACAUUAAACCACACUUAACCCUAAUUUAUGA